AUCCAUCAAAAUGCCAGUCAAGCCGAGGAAAACUCCGAAGAAGCCGCCGAUUUUAAGCCAUGAAUUCGUUAUACAAAAUCACGCCGAUAUUAUAUCCUGCGUUAUGGUUUUGUUUGUUUUUGGAAUUAUUGUACCUAUAACGUCUUCGGUAUGUUAUACUUUUGUCGCCGCUCAAUACGCUAAUGAAAUUGCUCCGAGAGUAGUAGCUUAUGGAACCGGAGUCAAGGAUUUGUGUACUAUAUUCUUCUAUACUCUGGUGUGCAUUAUUUUGCAUGCUGUUCUGCAAGAGUAUGUUCUCGAUAAAAUCAGCAAGAAGUUACAUUUAUCGAAGAUUAAAACUAGCAUGUUCAACGAAUCGGGACAAUUAUUAGUGUUCUGUCUAAUAUCGAUCGUAUGGGCCGGUGAUUUGAUCAUAAAGGAUGAUUUAUUGCUGAACAUUCGUACGAUAUGGCAAGAUUAUCCUCAUUUGAAUAUGCCAUUCAUGUUGAAAUUCUUCUUCAUCAUUCAAAUCUCGUACUGGAUUCACUGUUUCCCAGAAUUAUACCUGAGUAAAGCGAAACGCGAAGAAAUCCCAGCCAAAGUGAAACUAGCCACUAUCAAUUUGAUCUACGUGUCUGCUCUUUACUUCUUGAACUUCAACCGAGUUGGUAUUUUAUUAAUGUUCCUGCAUUAUUUAUCCGAUGGAUUCUAUCAUUUCGCCAUUUUGUUCGAUAUCGUCGAUAAGGAAGAAAAAAAUAGCAAAAUAUCGAGUUUGGUAUCAGACAUUGUGUUCGCUUUGUCACGUAUCAGUACCAUUGUUCUUUCCUUGGUCACCUUUGUGUUCGGUCUAUCGAGCACUGAGAAACCGGCAGAAGAAGUUCAAGAUGGAGACUACAAUACAUUACCGAUUAGGCUCAGCGCGUUCGGAUUAAUCAGCGCUUUGCAAGUGUAUCGGUUCUUAUUCUUCUUCAGAAACCAUGUCUCGCAAUUGAAAGAAAUCAAGCUACCGAUCGGUUCGUUACUGAAACAACAACAACAGCAAACAUCAUCUGAGACCGAACUGGAAGAUGAACCUAAAUACACCAAACGCCAAAAUCGUAAAAAAGAGAGCCAUUUACCCGAAGUGGAUCAAAACUUGAAAAGGACUACUCGUUCGAAGAAACUCAAAGCUAAAUAAUCUCGCUAGAAAUGAAAUACGUAAGAAGAAGGUUGUGAUGAAACUACAGAUAAAUCCUGGAGUUUGAUAUUUUGUGAAUUUACUCAGCUGUAAAUAAGAUACUGCGCAAAGAUGCGAAACUAUGGUUGUUUAUCGUACAUCGUACCUACAAAUACGUUCGACCCAAGACGACAUAAUGCUUUUUGAAACGCUUUCAUCUCAAAUUAACCGGCGUAAAUGUGCGCACAAAUUCAGUGUGUUUUUCUUGACGGAAAAUAAAAACGAACUCAGUAUUUUAAGAAUACUUGUGAAAUAUAUAACUUAAGACGUGAUUUAUAUGUAUGUACAAUGUUGUAAAUAUCGUUCUUGUUUCUCGAUUAUUAAUUAUUAAAUUAUUAUUACAAUCUA